CGGAAGCCUCGGCCCGAGUGUCGCGGGCCGGCCGGAAGUGGCCGUUGGUCAUGGCGGCGCUCUUUGCGCGCGCGGUUUUCUACCCGAGUCUCGGUUACAACAUCUUUAUGUCGAAGGUGUGGGGCCGGCACUGGUAUGACCGCAUCGACCAGACCGUCAUCAUCGGAGCCCUGCCCUUCCGCUCCCUCACCGAGGAGUUAGUGAGGAAAGAGAAUGUGCGAGGAGUGAUAACCAUGACUGAAGAAUAUGAAACCAAAUUCUUUGUAAACACAGCCAAGGAAUGGGAAUCAUUUGGUGUGGAGCAGUUGUGUCUCAGUACGGUCGAUAUACUUGGAGUACCGAAAUUAGAAGACCUGAAAAGGGGCGUUGAUUUUGUUACGAAACAUGGUAAAAAUGGAAGCAGUGUGUAUGUGCACUGUAAGGCUGGACGAUCUCGCAGUGCCACUAUGGUGGCAGCAUAUUUAAUUCAUCUGCAUCACUGGAGUCCAAAGAAGGCAUGUGAUUAUAUUGCAUCAAUCAGACCUCACAUUCUUAUUCGCAGCGGCCAGUUUAAAAUUCUGAAGCGCUAUUAUAGUGAACUGUUCUCAGAGGAACCAGACACCCUGUAUGAAGCAAAAGGCACUGCAGCUUUCAAGUAGUAAAGCAUGACAUUUGUGGACAUAUAAAUGCUUAAACCUUUUAAGUGAUUCAAAUGGUUUAGAUUUGAGAGCGGUAACUGGAUAGAAUAUGAUUGCAGUAAAGUAUCAACUUUCUGUAAUAGCUUUCAGAGUCACCAGUUGAUAUGUUUGUUUCUGUUUGUUGCACUGUAACUAUCAGUUCAUUUUGAACUUUUGUUGUGAUGUUUGCUAAUUAUAGACAAUGUAAAAGCAACUUACAGUCCAGAGAGCAUAGUUCUUAUUUUUGAAAAAUUUUCAGGGAUAUUAGGAAAUUGAUAAUGCCCUUUAAUAAUUUCAGUGAAAUUUAAUGUAACGUCAGUUUUCUGAACUAGCCCUUACUUAUACAGUAAAUUCUGUAUUGCAGUGUUUUCGAGGAGUUAACUUAGGCCAGUAAAAGGAUAUUUCACUUUUUCAGAUCAUUUAUUAAACGGAAAUACUUUGACGUCUCCUGUCAGCUGAAUAAAACAGUAAAAGAACAGUACUUUUGUUACUUUUCUGAUUGUAAGCGUUGGCUGAAUGGGGUUAAUUCCAUUAUCCCAUGUUCCCAGGAAGCAGCUUUUUUUUUCUUGCAGGGAUCUUAGACUUGCUCCUUGCUGAGGCUAUGGGAUUGCAGGAUCACUCCUAAAACACACCCAUGAUAAAUUGGGUUAUGAUGUAUAAUGUAUGAAAUGUAUUUCACUGCUGUAUUGCAAUUAAACAGUUUUACAUGUGUAGAUCAUU